AUGACCCAGAUCACUCAGGAUAAAGGCGAGCUCCAACGUGAGGAGGCCAGAAAGUCGCCUCUCAUACAGCCAGCCUCAAAGAUCGUGAAAAAGCGAUCCCUUUCUAAGCAGGUGGAGCAUAAAACGGCUGAAAUGUGCGAUGCCAUAGGAAGGAGGUGGGAGCAGGAGGUCGGACACUUGAAGGAAAUACUCGAACAGUAUGAAGCCAAAGCCAUGGAGUACGAAGAUAAGAUUAAGGAGGUCAACAGCGAAUUAGCCGAAUUAGAGAAUCGGAUCAAGAAGUGCGAAGAUAACAUCACGGGCUUCAGCAGCGAAUCAGCUGAAAGGCGCUCUCUGAUCCAGGAGCGAAAAAAUAGGAUUAAGGAGCUCGACGAGGACUUCUUCGAUAAGCACCGUUGGAUCACGAGGCAGCAGGAAAACAUCGAGGAUCUUCGGACUGACUUAUCCAACAAGCGCGAUCAGAUCAAGGAACAUGAAAAUAGUACCGACGAGCUCAGCCGCGGAUUGGAUGAGUUAAGCUAUUGGAUGGAGGAGCUCGAGGAUAUCAUCAAGUAUAACGAAGAUGACCUCGAGGAGCUCUACAACGAACUAUUCGAGAUGGUCCACCGGGGGACGGAGCAUGAAAAUUGCAUCGAGAAGCUUAGUAGCGAAUUAGCUAAGUCAGACUCUCUGAUCGGAGAGUGCAAAGCUAAGUUGGAACAGUACAAGUACGAAAAAUCAAUGAAGGACGAGCAUAAAAAGGAGUUGCAGGAGGGGAAGCAAUCUUUUGAACAGAAACAAAAGGAGAUUGGUGAUAGGAUCACCAAUCGUGAACUCGAAAUUGGGGAAGAGAUCCGCGAAGCGUACAGGCUCGCGAAGGAAGAAGUAGAGAGGUCGGCAAAUUAG